GGCAAGGCGCGGCCCCCGGCGGGAUGCGGCGCGGCGGCGGCCCUGGGAACGGCAGCGAGGGAGAGCCCGAGUGGCCGUGGCCGUGGCCGCCCUGCGACGAGCGGCUGUGCCCGGCGCUGCCCGUGUGGGUGCUCGUUCCCGUCACGGCCGUCUGCCUGGGGCUCUUCGUGGUCGGCGUGGCGGGCAAUGUCCUCACGGUGCUGGUCAUCCGCAGCUACCGCGACAUGAAGACCACCACCAACCUCUACCUGGGCAGCAUGGCCGUCUCGGACCUGCUCAUCCUCGUGGGGCUACCCUUCGACCUCUACCGCCUCUGGCGCUCCCGACCCUGGAUCUUCGGGCAGCUGCUGUGCCGCCUCUCGCACUACCUCAGCGAGGGCUGCACCUACUGCACCAUCCUCCACAUCACCGCCCUCACCGUGGAGCGCUACCUCGCCAUCUGCUUCCCCCUCAAGGCCAAGGUGGUCGUCACCAAGCGCCGGGUGAAAGCCACCAUCGGCGUCCUUUGGGCAUUUGCCUUGCUCUCCGCCAGCCCCUUCUUCUUCCUGGUCGGCGUGGAGCAGCCCGACAACCACACCGACUUCAGCCGCGAGUGCAAGCCCACCCCGCAGGCGCUGCAGUCCGGCCUGCUGGCCACCAUGUUCUGGGUCACCACCUGCUACUUCGUCCUGCCCGUCACCUGCCUCAGCGUCCUCUACGGCUUCAUCGGCCGCGAGCUGUGGCGGAGCAACUCCCGCCUGCGGGGCCCCAGCUCGCUCCUCCGGGAGAAGGGGCACCGCCAGACAAUCCGGAUCUUGGCUUUUCUACCUGAGCGCAUCCAUCAACCCUGUCCUCUACAACCUCAUUUCGAAGAAGUACAGGGCAGCAGCCUGCAAGCUGCUGGUGCCACGCCGAGCUGCAGAAAGGGCUUUCACUGUAACAAAAGACGCUGGGGGCUACACAGAGACCAGCGCCAGCACACGGAACGAGUACACCACCAGCUUCUGAGACUGCAUCCUGCUCUUCAGGCACCCUUGCCUAAGGAAGGGAACGUCCUUCUCACGGGAGAGUCGCAAAAGGAUGGACAUUUGUUAGGGCGUGUGGUAUUUCAUAAUUAUCUGUAUUUUGGAAUACUGUAUUUUCGGUAACAGAGCAGGCAGGCACCAUGAAGUGGGGAGAAUGAUGUGCAAUUUGUGAAAGAUGGUAAGUCAGUAGGAAAAGCUGGAGUACAUUGCCAGUAAAACCAUGGGUUUACUUUAUUACAUAUUGUUCAUUGCACGUGUUCUGUGCCAUUUCUAGUGUUUCCUAAAAAUUGUAACACCAAA